AUGUCUCUUGUGGAGGAGCGAGAGAAGGCCACCCUCAAGCAGUGUGUGCAGGCCCGCUCUCAGCUGGAGGAGGCCAUCGGUGGGGUGAUGAGGGCUGAGGCCCAGCUCAAGGACAACUCCAGAGAGGUGAGUAAACCACCAGGGGACUCUCUUACAGCCCGUGGUCCCACCCAGGGUUGACCCCGUUCUAGUGGAUCAGAAGGAACCCCCACUGAGUCAGUCUAUGCUCCGGUUACAGUGAGGGGAAAAAAGUAUUUGAUCCCCUGCUGAUUUUGUACGUUUGCCCACUGACAAAGACAUGAUCAGUCUAUAAUUUUAAUGGUAGGUUUAUUUGAACAGUGAGAGACAGAAUAACAACAACAAGAUCCAGAAAAACGCAUGUCAAAAAUGUUAUAAAUUGAUUUGCAUUUUAAUGAGGGAAAUAAGUAUUUGACCCCCUCUCAAUCAGAAAGAUUUCUGGCUCCCAGGUGUCUUUUAUACAGGUAACGCGCUGAGAUUAGGAGCACACUCUUAAAGGGAGUGCUCCUAAUCUCAGGUUGUUACCUGUAUAAAAUACACCUGUCCACAGAAGCAAUCAAUCAAUCAAUCAGAUUCCAAACUCUCCACCAUGGCCAAGACCAAAGAGCUCUCCAAGGAUGUCAGGGACAAGAUUGUAGACCUACACAAGGCUAGAAUGGGCUACAAGACCAAGCAUCUUGGUGAGAAGGUGACAACAUUUGGUGCGAUUAUUCGCAAAUGGAAGAAACACAAAAUAACUGUCAAUCUCCCUGGGGCUCCAUGCAAGAUCUCACCUCGUGGAGUUGCAAUGAUCAUGAGAACGGUGAGGAAUCAGCCCAGAACUACACGGGAGGAUCUUGUCAAUGAUCUCAAGGCAGCUGGGACCAUAGUCACCAAGAAAACAAUUGGUAACACACAACGCUGUGAAGGACUGAAAUCCUGCAGCGCCCGCAAGGUCCCCCUGCUCAAGAAAGCACAUAUACAGGGCCCUCUGAAUCAUUCAGAUGUUCAUUGGCAAACUUCAGAGGAGAACUGGGUGAAAGUGUUGUGGUCAGAUGAGACCAAAAUCGAGCUCUUUGGCAUCAACUCAACUCGCCGUGUUUGGAGUAGGAGGAAUGCUGCCUAUGGCCCCAAGAACACCAUCCCCACUGUCAAACAUGGAGGUGGAAACAUUAUGCUUUGGGGGUGUUUUUCUGCUAAGAGGACAGGACAACUCCACCGCAUCAAAGGGACGAUGGACGGGGCCAUGUACCGUCAAAUCUUGGGUGAGAACCUCCUUCCCUCAGCCAGGGCAUUGAAAAUGGGUCGUGGAUGGGUAUUCCAGCAUGACAAUGACCCAAAACAUUGUCAUGCUGGAAUUAAUGUGCUCAAGAAGAAGCACAUUAAUGUCCUGGAGUGGCCUUGCCAGUCUCCAGACCUUAAUCCCAUAGAAAAUCUGUGGAGGGAGCUGAAGGUUCGAGUUGUCAAACGUCAGCCUCGAAACCUUAAUGACUUGGAGAAGAUCUGCAAAGAGCAGUGGAACAAAAUCCCUCCUGAGAUGUGUGCAAACCUGGUGGCCAACUACAAGAAACGUCUGACCUCUGUGAUUGCCAACAAGGGUUUUGCCACCAAGUACUAAGUCAUGUUUUGCAGAGGGGUCAAAUACUUAUUUCCCUCAUUAAAAUGCAAAUAAAUGUAUAACAUUUUUGACAUGCGUUUUUCUGGAUUUUGUUGUUGUUAUUCUGUCUCUCACUGUUCAAAUAAACCUACCAUUAAAAUUAUAGACUGAUCAUGUCUUUGUCAGUGGGCAAACGUACAAAAUCAGCAGGGGAUCAAAUACUUUUUUCCCUCACUGUAUGUCAGGAACACACAGCCGGGCUCAUAAAAUGGGCUCUAUGCUGUAAACACAGUGGUUUUCAGGGAUUUAGGACAAGCACCAUGGUUAGUCACCCCAGGCCUCAGGAAGGCAGAUGGGUAGAGGGUGUGUAUGUUUUGAUGUGCUGGGAAGCCUAGCACACCUGGCAGGGUAGUCAUUAGUUCCCCACAAACUGAUCCAUGGCAUUAUUGUAUGUCAUAACUGUGGCAGAUAUGCUAAGCCCUGUUAGAGCUGUGGGGCUUUGAGCUGUGAUGUUAAAAUGGGUCUUUGAGCUGUGAUGUUAAAAUGGGUCUUUGAGCUGUGAUAAAACAGGUCUUUGUCCUCCUGUCGUGACCACAGUUAAUGAUUUAGUAUAUGGCUCGUGAUGAGGACGACCGGAGAGACCAAUAAUUGAAACAUGACCACCGGAUAGAGUUUCCCAGACCCGCCUUUAUAAGGUAGUAGCAGGGCGAGGCAGGUCAUUGCAGUCUGAGAGGACACAGACAGCAGCGGAUCCACUACUGCAGCAGCAGUUGCUCGCUUCUCACUGCAUCUUAGAGAAUCAUCCAGCCUUUUUCUGACUACCCAGCAGAGGAAUAGGUAAACGCAAAUGUGUUUUCCCUUAUUCUUUGACAUGGAUAUAGUAGUUUACUGUGUAGGAGACUAGGAGCUGAUGGGUGUAUAGGUCAGUGUGCCGUCUUCUCUGUGUGUCUGACCUUGCAUAGCUUCAGCAGCAGGAGAUUAAAGAAGCUACUCAGCCCUUGAGUGCUCCGUAUCAGUGACAUCUCAGGGCCGUGACUUGACAGCAGUGUAUGUACGGAUUCUAGUAUGCAGAUAAUUUUUUUUGCUGACUAAUUUGCUACUUUCUCUUCUUGUUUACAGGUGAAGUCCCAGCUUCACACCUGUAUCAGCAGACACCUGGAGUUUCUGCGUUCCCGUGAGGUGUGGCUGCUGGAGCAGAUUGACCUUGUGGAGCAGCUGAAGGGAGAGGCUCUGCAGGCACAGCUACAUCAGCUUCACCGGGUGAGUAGUACCCCAUGUCUGCAGCACAACACGACGAUAUCUGCACUGCAGUGUCUGCUCAGAAACCUCUGAAAAUCAAGUUCCAUUUUGUCUCUUACUUCAGUGACCUUCUCCUCAUGUUACCAGUGUCAGGUCUGACCUUCUCCUUUUCUCUCCCUCUCUCUUCUGCCCACAGCUCCGAGGCCAGUUUGACAUUCUCAUUCAUCAGCUAGAGAACUCCAACAGCAACAAUCUGGCCAACCAGCUCACUAGCUGCAUGGAAAAGUAAGAGAUCGCACAAUGGCCUCUGUCUUGAAUUGAAUGUAAUUUGGGAGUCAGUAUUCGCAAUUAUUGUUUACGGUUGAUGGUGUUUAAGUCAUGGCACUUGAGCAAUCAUUUCAGUAUUUGCUUCCAUUAUACCUCUAUAAUUAACUUGGGCAUAAUCACGUUAGAACCUGAAGUUUGGCUUGUGUAAGUAGCUAGCUGUAGUUAACUGUGUGUGGGGGGGGGGGGAUUUUAGAUGGUGUGCUGAAAUGUCUUCUUCUCUGUGUGUUCAGGUUAUCUUCCCUGAACCUGACUCCCGAGGAAACCCCUGAGAUGAGCUUCCAGGCUGACACUCGCUCCUUGCGUCAGGCCAUCACCUCCUUUGGCACCAUUGCCACCCAGGUACGUGAUCCUCUGGGAGCUAUAAGCAGAAUUACACACACAGCUUACUAACAAAGUUCACUUCAGUCCAGACUGGAUUUAGCCCGAUGUUGAUUGGAGAAGUUUGAACUUUGUCUGUGUGUUUACCGGUUGAGCCUCUUCUGUCACCCUGCCCACAUAAGGCUCCCUGUCGGCUCUAAUGGAGGUUUACAACUAACUCCUCUGAACACUGAGGCAUAAAACUGUACUCAUUGCCAGUUUGUGUGUGAAAGUGUAAAUGUUAAAGGUUUACUAAAGGUAUAUUUCAUAAGGUUUAGACAUGUACAUUUUCAUAUCUAUAAAAAUUGUAGUCAAGGAAAGAGUGUUAGAAAAUAUUUCUGGUGUAAAUCUUGGGAAUUGCAGUUUGAGAUAACUUGGUGAAGGUAUUGGUUAUGCUGACUGCCUUGUGUGGCCUAGUUCCUCAAUCUAUGUUGUUACUGCUUACAUAAAACCCUGACAUCUCCCACGUCCUCGUGGAUAAAAUGUUCAUAACUUCCCUUUCCCCUCCCCAGCACAUGGAAGUAGGACCCGUGCUGAAUAUCAUCCCUCAAAGCUCUAAUACUAGCGAGCAACCUUGGCUUCAGCAGAGCUGUCCAAUCGCAGCUAAGAAACAGGUUUGUACCAUGAUGCCACAGGCCCUUUCCAUGUAAAGUUGUGAUUCCUUUGGUUAUACAUGCAUGGAGUCCUCACUCACAAGGAAAUACAGUGUACUGACAUGCACACUUGUUUUUGUUUUUUUAUAUGUAGAGGGUGGAGUCUGCACCUCUUGCCGACUGGCUCCUAGGAAACCGUCCAGUGACUACUGCCCCAGUUGGAUACCAAUCAAGCAAGAACCCACAGGAUUGGUUGAUCACCGGCAGGGAUAUUCAGGUGAGACCAGAUGGCGCGAAAUUAAUUUCCUUGUUGCUUAAAAUGUAUCUAGACUCUGCUCCUAGAAAAACAAAUAUUUAAUUACAUUUACCAUAUCUAUUUUCAAACGAAAAACAUUUGAGUUGCAGGUUCAUGUUAUACCCAGACUAUCACAAAGUCAAAAAGAUCAUGUUUUUAUCUCUUUCCUCUGUCAUCCAGUCAUCCUGCCCUGUGGCCCCCUUUGACUUCCACAAGGCCUGGGGCCAGCUGAAGGACCUGGAGGUGUGGCUGCUGAAGGAGAAGACUCCCAUCAGAGAGAGAACCAACAGUAUCUGUAGCAUCAGCAGCAGCUCAACCUUCUCCAUCGAGAAGAUUGAUGAGUCUGAGUUAGACAUGGCUCUGGAGGAGGAGGAGGAGGAAGAAGAAGAAGAAGAAGAGGAGGAGAGGGCAAAGAUUGAAGAACUGAGUGACUGGCUCAUCACCCCAGCUACUGUUGCCAAGGAGACCACCAGCGAGGACUGCCAGGCCUCUGAUGCUGACAGGUGGAAGCAGGUCUUCAAGCCUUUCCAGGAAGGUUUCUACACUAGCGAUUGGCUGCCAAAAUCAGACUGCGGCUCGUGCUGUGCCAAGUCUGUGGAGAUUGAGAACCUGGGCAAACUCUUGUGCCUGAAAAGCACCCCCACCUCUGCUGCCACCACACCCCAGACCCCCAGCCCUGUGGAGAUCUGGCUGCAGCAGGCCAUUCCAGUCCAGCAGUCGUGCAAAGCCAACGAGUCCUGCUCCAGCUACUCCCAGUGUGUGUGUGACGAGAACUGCGGCAAAGAGGCCCUCUCCACCUGGCUCCUCAAGAAGGAGGGUCGGGACAAGAACGGAGUCUCAGUGGACAAAAACAAGCAGUCCACCAUCUACCACCAAGAGCAAGAACAGAAGGUUCAGGCCAUCCUGGAGUCCUGGCUCCACCCUAGCAAGCCUGGCAAGACCAUAGGCUCCACGUCCCAAGCCUUAUCAUCCCUCUCAGCCUGGGUAUCUCAACCAGCCUCCCAGGGGAAGGAGAAGGCCAGCAGGGUGGAACACAGCUCCCAGUUCAAAGGCCCCAAGUCGGAGAGCCCUUUCAGCAAACCACUGCAGCCAGAGUGCUGGGUCUUACCUGAGAAGACCCACAGUAGCACCGCUGCCACACCGAGACAGGAGAGCACAAAGGAGCAACCCAACACAGAACCAGAGGAGGACAAGUGGCUUCUACGCAAGAGGGCCAAUGCUCAGGUAAGGCUAUGGAUAAUGAUCUGAUUGGAAAAACUCACAGUAGUCUUCGCAUUCUUUAGUUUUGAAAUCUUUCAACCACUGGUUAACCAGUGAAUCUAUUUUAGCCUCGAGCAAAAGCUGGGUCAUUCAUACUGACAAUACUGUGUUCCUUGGUCUGAUUUUCAGGAGCGACUUGCCCUUCCCACAGUAUGUGAUCUAUUUUCCUGUAUGAAAAUGGGUGGAGAGAAAGAGAAGUGGCUACACCGGGCACCUAUACAGGUAAGAAUCUCAAUAGCCACUCAUAUUUAUCUGAAAACCAACAUGGAAUUUUGUGACCCAUUUUGUUCAUUAUUUGUUCCUGAAUUCUUUAUUUCCUUUCCCCCUCUUUUCCAGAUGUAA